AUGGCGGAUAACCCAGAUCACGGCCCUGAGAUUGCUGUCGAUACCUUCGACGGUGAUUCCGCCGUGUCUGUGCCGGUGUCAGACGGACUCACAUCACUCAGGUCGAGUGUACUACAAUAUCAAUUUGAGAAUGGCCGUACUUAUCACUCGUUGAGCUCUGGCAAGUAUGCCUUUCCCAACGAUGACAGCGAAUCCGAACGUCUUGAGGGCCAGCACUACAUGUGGCUGUUAACCCUUGAAGGUGCCCUGACAUUAUGCCCGUAUGCCGAGAAGGGAGCGAAGCGCGUCCUGGAUCUCGGAACGGGAACGGGCUGCUGGGCUAUCGAAUAUGCGGAUGCCCAUCCCGAGUCUGAGAUUACCGGCGUGGACUUGAGCCCAAUCCAGCCUUCACUUAUUCCGCCGAACUGCUCCUUUGAAGUCGACGAUCUCGAAAAAGAAUGGACCUGGCCCAAACCGUUCGAUUUCCUCUUCAGCCGAGUGAUGGCGGCCUGCUUCUCGGAUUACCAAUCGUACAUCGACAAGGCAUACAAUGCCCUUGAACCCGGUGGUUGGUUCGAAAUGCAAGAUAUCGUAAUCCCUUACCGCAGCGACGACGGCACCCUCGACCCCGACUCCGCCCUCGGCCGUCUCGGGGGCCUAUUCCGCGACGCCAGCGCCGCCCUCAACCGCCCCAUGGAUGUGGCGACCAAGUACAAGGAGAUGAUGGAAAAGGCGGGAUUCCAGAAGCUCGUCCAGCGGGAAUUCAAGUGGCCGCUCAACACGUGGCCCAAGGAUAAGCGCUACAAGGAGAUUGGCGCCUGGACUUUCCAAAACUACGACCUCGGUCUCGAGGGUUUGACUUUGGGACUCUUCACGAGAGCUUUGGGAUGGUCGAGGGAGGAGACUUUGACGUAUUGUGCUGAGGUGAGAAAGCAGCUGCGGGAUCGACGAGUGCAUGCGUAUCUACCUGUGCUUGUUGUGUACGGCCAGAAGCCGGAAAAUUGA